GGAGGAGAGUAUAGUAAUAUCAUAACAUAAAAAUAUUUACAAACUAAAAUUGAAUUCAGCAUCUUUCUUUCUGUGUCUCUCUCUGCUCCGCUUCUCAAAGACGCAGCGUUUCUAAAACCCUAAUCGGGUUUGUGCAAAGAGAGCUUAAUAGCAUGUUAUUAAGAUUUGGAGUCAUUGUGACAUUGUGAUGCAACUUAUUUGUGAGCUCAUAGUUAAGGGAGCUCAUUCAUUAAGUGUAAUUUAAAGAGAAUGUAUGGAAGAACAUCAGGUCUUGAUAGGUUUAAGAAAGCUGAGAAUUUGGAACCGUUCUCCGUUUCUGUCAAUUCAUCUUCAAGAAAUGUUGCUCAGUCUUCUAGUAAAGUAGUUGGUUAUUCACAGUCUCACCAGAGUUCUGUUCACCAAUCUCAGCAUCAACAGCAAUAUGCUUCCCACAAAGCUGUGGGAGUGGAGGCUGCCCCGUUGUUGGGGCAGAGUCAGCAGGCAACUCAGAUUGGAGGAGGGCAGUCGACGUGGCAGCCACCAGAUUGGGCGAUUGAGCCGCGGCCAGGUGUUUUUUACCUGGAAGUUAUGAAGGAUGGUCAGGUGUUAGAUCGGAUUAAUCUGGACAGACGGAGACAUAUAUUUGGGAGGCAAAUCCAGACUUGUGAUUUUGUGCUUGAUCAUCAAUCUGUCUCUCGCCAACAUGCUGCAGUCAUUCCUCACAAGAAUGGGAGCGUAUAUGUAAUUGAUUUGGGAUCUGCUCAUGGUACCUUUGUCGCAAAUGAGCGAUUGACCAAGGAUUCACCAGUUGAGUUUGAAGUGGGACAAUCAUUGCGGUUUGCUGCAUCCACAAGAGUAUACAUAUUAAGAAAAAAUGAUGCAGCUCUUUUCCCUCGUCCUCCACCACCCACGGAGAUUAAUUUCCCACCACCUCCUGACCCAUCAGAUGAAGAAGCUGUUGUUACUUAUAAUACGUUGCUGAAUCGUUACGGCAUCAACAAGUCAGAUCUAGUGUCCAAAUCUAAUGAGCUAGGUAGUUCAGCAAGUGGCAAAAACAAGGAUUACCAAUCGGAAAGAGCUGCUAAGAGAAUUAAGAAGACAAGAGUUUCCUUCAGAGAUCAAGUUGGGGGAGAAUUAGUUCAAGUUGUUGGAAUUUCAGAUGGUGUAGAUGUAGAAACAGAACCUGGUCCAGUUGGUGUUAAGGAAGGAAGUCUUGUCGGUAAAUAUGAAUCUCUUGUACAAAUUACUUUAAUUCCAAAGGGGAAAGAGCAGUCCUCUGUCAAGGAGGCAGAUUCGUCCCAAAAAGGGGUGACUGAUAAACUACAAGAAGUCCUAAAAAAGAUCAAAACCCCCGUGAAAACUGGGAUUUAUGACGACCUUUAUGGAGAAUCCUUAUCUGUCAAAGUUGGAUCAGCCUGGGCAUACUCACCUGUAAGUAGUAGUGAACGACCUCCAGCUGCUAAGGAAAAUGGAAAAGAGAAUACACUAAGCGGAAGAUCAGACAGUAAUCCAAGCAAUGCUGAUGAGGAUGACGACGACGAUUUGUUCGGGUGACUAUUGAACCUAUGCAGACUGUAUUUUGGAAUAGUUUUGUGGCAUUUUUUGAGUUUGACAUCAUAGGGAGUAGAAAACAUGCAAAUAUUAUGUUGCACGCUUUUUAUCAUCUGGAAUUACUGUUCCAUUGCGUUGAUAAUUAAUGUUUACCACUGCAUACUCCACAAACUCUUGAAGAUUGUAGGUUCAUGCCUAAAUAGUACGUUACCCUUUUUAUAGAACCAUUGAAUAGUUCAUUAAAGGUAA